GCGCGGCUUUCCUAUUUUAGGCCGAGCACCGUGGUUACCCGAGGCAUACCACCCAGACGUAUCCUGCAACCAGAGCCAACCUGAGAAGCCAGCCAACAAGUGCCCAAGUGAGGUUGAAGAAGCGGAUCAAGGUCAAGGAGUUUUUAAUGGCGGAAGGCACGGCGGCGCACGGCUGGGCUGCCAGGGAUGCCUCCGGCCACCUCUCCCCUUUCAACUUCUCAAGGAGGGUCCCGAGAGACGGCGACGUGACGAUCAAGGUGCUCUUCUGCGGGCUCUGCCACACGGACCUCCACAUCAUCAAGAACGAAUGGGGCAACGCCAUGUACCCCGUCGUUCCCGGGCAUGAGAUCGUCGGCGUCGCCACGGGCGUCGGCCCCGGCGUCACCAAGUUCAAGUCCGGCGACACGGUGGGCGUGGGCUACUUCGUCGACUCGUGCCGCUCCUGCGAGAGCUGCGGCAAGGGGUUCGAGAGCUACUGCCCCCAGCUCGUUCCGACGUCCGGCGGCGUGGACUUGAUCGACGGCGCCGCCACCCAGGGCGGCUUCUCCGACGUCCUCGUCGUCAGCGAGCACUACGCGGUCCGGGUCCCGGAGAGCCUGCCCCCCGACGCGGCGGCGCCGCUGCUGUGCGCCGGCGUCACGGUGUUCAGCCCCAUGGUGCGGUUCGGCCUCAACGCGCCUGGCAAGCACCUGGGCGUCGUCGGGCUGGGCGGCCUGGGCCACCUGGGCGUCAAGUUCGGCAAGGCGUUCGGGAUGACGGUCACCGUCAUCAGCACGUCGCCGGCCAAGCGCGAGGAGGCUCUCGACCGCCUCGGCGCCGACGCCUUCCUGGUCAGCCGCGACCCCGAGCAGAUGAAGGCGGCGGCGAGCACGAUGGACGGCAUCAUCGACACGGUGUCGGCGGAGCACCCUGUCGCGCCGCUGCUGGAGCUGCUGAAGCCGAUGGGGCAGAUGGUGGUCGUUGGCUUGCCGGUCAAGCCUCUCGAGGUGCCCCCCUUCAGCCUCGUCGCCGGAGGGAAGCGCCUGGCCGGGAGCGCCGGCGGCGGCAUGGAGGAUUGCCAGGCGAUGCUGGACUUCGCGGGCGAGCACGGCAUCACCGCGGACAUCGAAGUCGUCGGGAUGGACUACGUCAACACGGCGAUCCAGCGCCUGGAGAGGAACGAUGUGAGGUACCGCUUCGUCGUCGACGUCGCCGGCAGCAAGCUGGGCGUCGCUGCUUAGUCGCCAGGAUUUGUAGUUCUGCUUAGUGGCAGAUUCAAAAAUUGAAUAUUGAAGGGGCUUAUUUUUCCUUCUCAGUCUUCUUCCUCCUCCCCUUUUUCUUUUUCCUCUACUGCCACUCCUGCCGACAUGUGAAGUUGUACGCACGUGAAUAAAUAAGGACAUAUAUUUGUUUUGGGUUCUCAA